GCGGCGAGAGGGAGAAAGACCUUUGGACUAAGGACGGCUACUGCCUUUUGCAGUGAUAACGAACGAUACCUGUCCUUUUUCGUGGAGGACGAGGUCAGAGGUCAAAGGUGAAGAUGCUGGAGAGCGUGGAGAUGAUCAACCUGGCGUUCCUGACGGACUCGGAGCGGGAGGUGAUCCUGGAGGUGCUCCGGCGGGACGAGGAGCUGAGGCAUGCUGAGGAGCAGCGUGUACGGCGGCUGAAGGUGGAGCUGCUCGAAAUCCGGAGAAAGGGAGCCAAGCGCAGCAGCGGGAACUACAGCGAACGCAGCUGCGGGCGCUGUCAAGAGCCGCUGGGUCGCUUGGCAACCGGCACCAGCCAGUGCCAUGGCUGCAACCACCAAGUGUGCCGAAACUGCCGCACUGUCCACCCCAAUGAAUCCUGGUUGUGCAGCGUGUGCGCAAAGGAGGCGGAUCUGAAGAAGAGUACUGGAGACUGGUUCUAUGACCAGCGAGUGAACCGUUUCUCAAAUACACCUGGACAUGACAUAGUGAGAAGCUCCCUGAAGAAGAGGCCUCCAUUGAAGAAGCGAGAGACGGUUGGGGAGGUUCUCCUACAGAACAAAGCGAUGAACCCCAGCCAUCCCUCCCCGCUGCCCCGCCCAAGAGUGAAGGACCUGGUGGCCAAUGAGAAGACUGUCUCCUCUGAGCUGGCGAACCCCCCCGAGGCUCGGGAGCAGCAGCGCAGUGACACCGAGUCGGCAGAGAAGGCCAGCCUGAGCAGCCUCAAAACUGACACAGAGUCCUCCCGCGGGACACCCGUCCUGCCACGGAGAGAUGGAGAGGCGGAGGGAGAGUCGACAGCCAAAUCCAGUCCCGCGGGGUCCUGUGUAUCCACUCUGACCGUCCCCAUCAAAGCAGAGGACACCUCCAGCCAUUCUUCAAACAUAGAAACAGUCGUACGGCUGCGUGGAAUUCCCUUACCAGGGCUGGUAGCUGAGGAUGGUGGGCUGUUCAAGAGGAGCAUCAAGAGAGUCCAGAAACCUUCGGACUACAGUCGGCCCACCUCGGUGCUGGACCUUCGUGAGGGUGGUGCAGAGGCCACAGGAACCACCAUGGGGGACAGAAGCAAGUCGGUGCCUGGGCUUAACAUGCAGGAGGAAGAGGAGGAAGAGGACAUAGACAGUUUGGUGGAGAUCCACAGAAAAACGACUGGCAGCAGUACAUUAAGCCUUCGCAGCUCCAAGAGCACACUGGGCAGUCUGAUGAGUGUGUACAGCGAGGCUGGAGAUUACGACACCGUGGAGGUUAGUGGAAAUAUUGCAUUCUCCCUGAGCUACGAUGAACGCACCCAGACCCUCUCCGUCCUCGUCAAGGACUGCAGCGGCCUGGCCUACGGAGACUCAGCCAAACAGCGCUCCAACCCGUAUGUCAAGUGCUACUUGCUCCCAGACAAGUCUCGCCAGAGCAAGAGGAAAACUACAACCAAGCGCAACACCAUCAACCCUGUCUACAAUGAAACCCUGAAGUACUCCAUCACCCACUCCCAGCUGCUCACGCGGUCCCUGCAGCUGUCCGUGUGGCACCAUGACCGCUUCGGCCGAAACGCUUUCCUGGGGGAGGUGGACCUCCCGCUCGACAGCAGGAACCUGACCUCUGCCCACGAGGAGCGCGUGGCACUCAGGGGAAAGGUGGCCGCCUCGCUCGCUUCUGCCUUCGCUCAGUACAAAGGAGAGCUGGUGAUUUCCCUGAAGUACGUCUCUGCAAAUGAGCCGCCGACGGACAAGGCAAAAGGCAAGAAGAAGAAGAAGGAGGAGGAGGGUGGAGAGCUGCAUGUCCUGAUCAAAGAGGCGAAGAACCUGACAGCGAUGAAAGCUGGAGGCACGUCGGAUUCCUUUGUCAAGGGGUAUUUGCUGCCGUCUAAGACCAAGGCCACCAAGAGGAAGACCCCGGUGGUGAAGAAAACUCUGAACCCGCACUACGACCACACGUUCGUUUACAAGGACCUGACCCUGGAUCAGCUGAAGGGCAUGUGUCUGGAGCUGACCGUGUGGGACCGCGAGGCCAUGUCCAGCAACGACUUCCUGGGCGGAGUCCGUCUGACUUCUGGAGGAGGUGCAGAGCAGGGAGCAGCCACAGGGUGGACAGGGGACUCCACUGGGGAGGAGGUGUGUCUGUGGCAGAAGAUGAUGCAGUACCCUGACUCGUGGGCAGAGGGCACUCUUCCACUGCGGUCCUCCAUGGGUAAGGGCAAGUGAGAUCAUCAGCCCACUGUGUGAGAGAGGAGGGGGAGCAGAUUGCAGACACAGAGAUGCUCCUUUAUUCAUUUCAGUUACUGUACUGACUGCCAUCAGUUCUGUACUCUGUGAACCUCUUCAUUUUAUUGGAGCUGUGACUGAAUCCUUAUG